UAUGACUGGCACGAAACACACUGCAGUUUUCUGAGCUUUAGUCCGCGCGGACGGUUCAGCGUACUCUCGGAAAGAUGAGUAAAGAAACCAAGGAAGCAGGGCAACCACAGACUGCAAGGAAGCUGUCGCUGCAUCCCUUAGCAGUGCCCCUGUUUCCUACUGCAAGCAAAUACCUGCAGGAGAAAUUGGACCAGGCUGCAUACGACAUGCACAGAAAAAGAGUGAUGACAGCAAAUCCAGUGGUAAACACAGGACCACCAAAGACAUAUAGUCACCUCACUCCCAAGCAGAAGAAUCACAAGACUGAAUUGCUGAGGAUGCUGGAGAUUCAGAGAGAAAACAAUAGGCUUAGAGAGAAUAUAUCACAUAUUAUGAGCACACCUGGAAGAGUCGACAACUGGAAUUUCUAUGAAAAGAAAAGCCCUGGGAACAAAAAUCAGCAGCUGGAAAUGCUCAGAAUUGCCCAAGAGAAUCAAAGGAUCCAGCUUAAACUGAGCCAGUGCAAACCUUUCUAUGUGAGGGCUUGGCACGAGGAUUGGCUCAAAACUACCGAAGUGAUGGAAAGAAUUAGUCACUAUCCUCAUGACAGAGAAAAUCAGCAAAAGGGACAAGAAAAAAGCAGCAAGGUAAGCAGGAAAUGUGGUGCAAAGCAAAAGAAGAAAAACGAGCAACAAGGAAGAGGAUACAGGAACACAGAUACCUUUAAAACAAAUGCACUACCAAAUGAGAAAAGGAAUGAAAGAAAGAAAUCACAAGAUACACCCUAAAAUUCAAAAUAAAUCAAUUAAAGCAGUCAUUCUAUUGACAAGUCACAUGUUUUUGAUGUAUUUAAAAAUGCCAAGGACUCCUAAUAAACCUAAAAAUAA